AUGAAUAUUGAAAAAUAAUUAAGAGAAGAUUACAUACAUGAUUUUCACACUUUUCUAAAAAAAAAUGAAAUAGAAACUUAGUAAAAAGCUAAAUCAAAUAUGUUUUUGCAACCAUGGCAACCUAAUCAUCCUUUUAGAUUGAGUUGGGAUAUUAUUUCAAUGUUAUUUAUUGUAACUCAAAUGAUGUUGAUACCUCUUGUUUUAUCUUUUGAGGAUAUCGAUCAAAACACAUCAAUAUUUAUGCAAAUUAUGGAUGAAUUCUUUUUAGUAGAUAUCCUGGUUCAAUUUAAUUGUGCUAUAUAUAUCAAUGGAAAACUAAUUUAAAAAAGAUCAAUAAUCUUCUGUAAUUAUAUUAAAUUCUGGUUUUGGCUUGAUCUAAUUAGUUCAUUACCAUAUGAUUAUUUUGUUGAAGUAAAUUUGACUAUUAUGAUAGGGAGGCAAUGUGUAAAUAAUUAGAAUGUUAAGAUUCUUUAAAUUUCUGAAAGUCAUCAAAAUGAUUAAAGCUGUUAAACUAAAACUUCUCAUAAGAAGAUUAGAAACUUUUCUUGGAAAUGAGUUCUAGUCAUUCAUUGAGUUUAUAAAAUUGACAUUUAUCAUAGUUGUUUUAGCUCAUUGGAGUGCUUGCAUAUUCAAUUUUAUUAAUGAAGAUGAUUAUGAUUACUUAACAUCAUUUUAUUUCACGUAAAUAUCAAAAUCAAUAUUUCAGAAUUACUACUAUGAUAACUGUCGGAUAUGGUGAUGUACAUCCAUAAUCAGUAGAAGAAUAGAUUUAUGCUAUAUUUGCUAUGAUUUUAGCUUCUGGUGUUUUUGGAUAUACAGCAAAUAGCAUGAUUUCUAUAUUUUAAUAUGAAGAUCCAUAAUUGACAGAAUUAAUCAUGAAAUAAUAAAUCAUCAAUAAAUAUACUAAAACACAUGUUUGCUCAACUUAAUUAAGACUUAAAAUUCAAAAUUAUUUAGAAUGGGUAGUAGAAAAUGAUUAUGAAGUUAGAUCUUCAUUAAUUAUUUGUGAUCUUUCUGAAGAAUUAAGAAAUCAAGUUAUUACUCAAAUGAAUUUAAGAUUCUUUAAAACACUUCCUGUUACUAUGUCAAGAGCUAUCAAACUUAAUGAAUAUAGUAUUUUAUAUAAUUAUUUUUAGUUCUCCCUCCUGAGACUUAAAUUUAUGAUGAACAUCAUAUCUAUUACAUUGUUCAAGGAAAAGUCUCUGUUACUGCUAAUAAUAAUCAUCUUGGAUUUGCAGAUUAAUGUUUUGGUACUAUUAAUUUCUUUUCCAAUAUUCCUAGAACUGCAGAACUCAUAACAACUGAAACUACCAAUUUAAUCAAAUUAUCUAGAUAAUAAUUCUUAUAAUAGCUGAAUUAUGAAUAAUUCUAGAAAUUCCAUAUGAUUAAAAAUAAACUAGAAAAUAACAUUUAUUUAGAUUUAGAUAUUGAAUGUUAUGGUUGCAAUCUAAAAGGUCAUGUUAUUAAAAAUUGUUUAUUAUUUCAUUAUGUCUCAUUAAAAUUGAAAAAGAAAAAGAAAAAGUUCGUUAGACUUUGUUCUAAAAAAUAAAGAACUAUUUAUAAAUAAUAAUUAAUUUAAUAUUAUUAGAUUAUGCAAGAAAGAAAAAGAAUUAUAUCUUAAAAGAUGGUUAAGAUAUAAAAUUUUAAUUAAGAAGUGAACUAAAAUUUUGAUAUUGAUGAAAUUUAAAAUUACAUUUACUUUGAUCCAGAAUGGAAUGUUAAUCAAGUUUUAAAAUAGUAUCGGUUAAAAACAAUAUAUCGAUACUGUUUAAUAAUAAUAAAAAAGAAUUUAGGAAUGUUAAUUCGAUAAAAUAAAUAAAAUUGUAAUCAAGAAAAACAAUUUCGUUUGAGAACUUAACUCAAACCAAAAUAUAUUGAAAAAUAUAUAAAUAAAAAUUUGUAACCAAAGAUAAUGAAUUGA